AUGGCGAACACUGCUCAUUUAAUGAGGCGACAGAGCUCACGGGACCUUUAUGCCCAACGCUCUUUGGAUAGGAUGGAAAUGAAAGAACUGCGUGGGCGUUUGGUGACAAUGGAAAAUGGCCAUACAUCGCACCGUACUCAUGUCAUGUACGGAGCUACCAAUGAGGCCUUUGAAGACACCAGCCCCAACCAUAGGUCAUCGGAGACCCCUACAAGCAAGGAUAGCUCGGGUGAAGAUCGAGUUUUUAAGCCCGAAGGUGGGGAAUGCGAAAGGGAAUCCUGGGACAGCAAGCUGACCUUCCUCUUAGCUACUGUAGGAUACGCAGUUGGGUUGGGCAACGUGUGGAGAUUCCCGUACCUGGCGCAAAAGAACGGUGGCGGCGCAUUUCUCAUACCUUAUUUCGUUAUGCUGGCGAUUGAAGGCAUACCAAUAUUCUAUUUAGAGUUGGCUAUUGGUCAACGUCUACGGAAGGGCGCUAUUGGUGUUUGGCAUCAAGUCUCACCGUACCUCGGUGGUAUCGGCAUCAGUUCGGCAGUCGUCUCAUUCAACGUCGCCCUGUACUACAACUCGAUAAUAGCGUGGUGCUUGUUCUACUUCGCGCAAAGCUUCCAAGCAGAGUUGCCGUGGUCUGAGUGCCCCAAGAAGUACUUCGACAACGGGUCUUACAUCGCUGAGCCGGAAUGUGCUGUAAGUAAAAAAAAAAAUGAAAUG